CACCCACAGGAGUCCGGUCAUCAGAGACAUCGAGAAGACCGCGGGCGCGGCGCUGCCCCGCGACAGGACGGGGGUGGGGAUGCUGACUUCCGGGUCCCUGGCCAAGGUCAAUUUGAUCUGUAGACUCAGCUUCUUCAAAUUCCAUUCCUCUUCUCGGGUAUGCGAACCUUGGCAUCGGCGCAUUCAUGCCGAGCACUGUCUCUGCUUCCGCCUCAGAAGCCGAAACAAAAGGGCUUUCGAUAUUCUUUUCUCUGAAAACAUUUAAGUGUCAGAGGACUGGGCAAAAGGGAACACGCAAGGACAGGACCUGGAGCCACGCACCACCGAGAAGGGGCCUCCAGUGUUCCUAGAGAGGAUCGGAAGUGGCUCUGUCGCUCUUCCUCGGAAUGAUUCCGCUUCCGGCCGGUGAAGUGCAGCUGCGGACCGCUCGCGUCAGGCAGCUGAGGUUGGGACGUCUCUACUGGGCUGAUCAAGGAGAGCAAGCAGUGAUGUCUGCCUUGGGGGCUGCCGCUCUGUACCUGCAUCAUCCUGCUGACAGUCACAGUGGCCGGGUCAAUUUCCUGGGGGCCCAGCUUCCUCCACAGGUGGCAGCAAUGGCCCGACUACUAGAGGAACUGGACAGGAGCAUGUUCAGGAAGUUGCUAAAGCUUGUGGUCAGCAGCCUUCAGGGGGAGGAUUGCCAAGAGGCCGUACAAUGCCUUGGUUCCAGUGCCAAACUAUCAGAGGAGCGACUGGGUGCCCUGCUUGCAGGAACACACACAUUGCUCCAGCAGGCUCUCCGGCUGCCCCCCACCAGCCUGAAGCCAGAUGCCUUCAGGGACCAACUCCAGGAGCUUGGCAUCCCCCAAGACCUAGUUGGAGACUUGGUCAGUGUGGUGUUUGGGGGUCAGCGCCCCCUCCUGGACUCUGUGGCCCAACAGCAGGGGGCCUGGCUGCCCCACCUUGCUGACUUUCGGUGGAGGGUAGAUGUGGCAAUCUCUACAAGUACCCUGGCCCGAUCCCUGCAGCCUAGUGUGCUGAUGCAGCUCAAGCUUUCAGAUGGGUCAGCACACCGCUUUGAGGUCCCCAUGGCCAAGUUCCAGGAGUUGCGGUAUAGUGUGGCUCUGGUCCUGAAGGAGAUGGCAGAUCUGGAGAAGAAAUGUGAGCGCAAACUUCAGGACUGAACCCUCACUUACCGGUGCUGCUACCUAGUUGCAUUUUCCCCUUUCUAUGAAGUAGGCUCUUGAGUGAAUGGAAGGAUGGAAUUUUCUGUUUAAAUGAAGAUAACUAUGCCUUUUUUUUUUUUUUUUUUUUUUUU